ACCACUUCGCCGCUUUAUCAGCACCCGGACCAGCCCCCGCCCGGCAUCGCCGCUCCUGGCAACCCCCUGUCUGUCCCCCCCCCCCCCUGCCGCCCAGACACCUCACAAUCACCAUGGCCUUCGAAAAUACCAACGAGACCGCCCUCGCCGCGUGCGUGGUCCCGACGGCGGCCGAGCUGCGUGCCGAGCUCGACACCCUGGCUGCCGGGCUGCCGGACGCCACGCCGGCUGCCAUGGCCGCCGCGCUGGACGCCGCUGACCCUCUGGCCGGCCUGUCGCAGCACUUCACGAUCCCGGCGCUGGGGAACAUCCCGGCCGCGCGGGAGUACGCCGCCAAGAAUGGCCAGGAGUCCGCCCCCUGCCUGUACCUGUGCGGCCACUCGCUGGGCCUCAUGCCGACCAUGGCCGGGGAGCUGAUGAACAAUGAGCUGUCCGCCUGGGGGUCGCAUGCGGUCCUGGCGCACUUCGACCACCCCGGCAAGCCGCCCCACCACCGUGCCUGGGUGGAUGGCGAUGAGGACAUCCGCGAGUCGCUGGCCAUCAUGGUCGGCGCCCGGUACCGGCACGAGGUCAUCUCCAUGAAUGCCCUGACCGUGAACCUGCACCUGAUGAUGGCGGCCUUCUAUCGUCCGACGGCCACGCGCUUCAAGAUCCUCUGCGAGCUGGGCGCCUUCCCGAGUGACUGGUAUGCCAUCCAGACGCAGAUCCGCCUGCACGGGCGCAAUCCCGAUGACGCGAUGAUUGUCGUCAAGCCGCGCGAUGGCGAGCGCAUCCUGCGCCUUGAGGACAUCAAGGCCGCCAUCGAUGAGAACGCCGACAGCCUGGCCAUGAUCCUCCUGCCCGGUGCCCACCACCUGACCGGCCAGCAGAUGCCCAUGGCCGAGAUCACGGCGCAUGCCAACCGCACGCACGCGGACAUCCGUGUGGGCUUUGACCUGGCUCACGCGGCCGGCGCCAUCCCGCUGGCCCUGCACGCUUGGGGCGUGGACUUCGCUGCCUGGUGCACCUACAAGUACAUGAACGCCGGGCCCGGGUCCAUUGGCGGUGUGUUCGUUCACGACAAGUGGGCCGACAUGGGCCCGGACAGUGUGCGCCUCAGUGGCUGGAUCGGCCACUCGAUGGAGACGCGCUUCCGCAUGGACAAUGUCACCGACUAUGUCCACGGGGCCCCGGGGUUCGUCAUCUCGAAUGCCUCGCCCUUCGCGCUGGCCACCCUGCGCGCGUCGCUGGUGGUCUUCGAUAAGACCACCCCGGCCACCCGCCGGGCCAAGUCCAUUCGCCUGGCGGCCUUCCUGCAUUACCUGCUGGAGGAGGCGGGCCUGCUUGGCAAGCAGAUCGGCCUUCUGACGUCGCUGGAGCCGGCCGAGCGGGGCGGCCACGUCAGCCUGCUGAUCGGCCGCGGCGGCUGCCGCGAGACCUCGCGCUCGGUUCACCGCGCCCUCGAGGCCCGCGGCGUCCUGUGCGACUUCCGCGAGCCGGAUGUCAUCCGCGUCUCCCCCCAGGCGUUGUACUCCUCGUACGCGGACGUCCUGCGCUUUGUUGAGCUGCUGAAGCAGGCCGUCAACUCGGUCAUCCCGGAGUGAGGAGGGACCCCGGAGCCGGAGCCCGAGCCGGAGGAGGGCGGGGCGACAUUCCCGAGGGGAGCGGCAAGUCGAAGGCCAAGCCGUGUGCGUCCCUUUUCCUGGCCUCCACCUCCUCAGAGGGGGGGCGGCCGGGGCUUCCCCUGCCGCCAGCUGGCGGUGGGGGUGCCCGUCUCCGCUCCAUCUUUCCUGUGCGUCCUCCGACGGCAGGUCGGCGUCCCCCCCCCUCCCUUGGUCCGGCUGCAUGCCGCCGUGCCCCAUGCCUGGCCGUGGUCAGCCCAACGUCUCUGCCCAUGCUUCUCCUCCUCCCCUGUGGACUUUCAUUCCCUCGUGCGCGAGUGAGUAAUUUUGUGGCGGAUAAAAUGUAUGGCCGCACAGAUCUGUGUCAA